AUGUCAUGCUCAAUCAAGAACCAUGACACAUGCCUUCCCAUAACGGCCCUUAAACAUGUUAAUAUACCCGGCAGAGGAUUGCUACUUAAUGGCAGUGGACCAUUUGUUCAACUACUUGAUGAAUCCAAUGGCAUCUUGCUUGAUCGAUUCCGAGUGUUUGAACGAAAUACUGUUCAUGGAAUCCAGGCGAUUGAAGAGUGCUGGAGGGAUGGCAACGAUUAUACCUCCAGUUUCCUAGUGUGGGGAGGAUAUUCUCUUCGAAUUGUCAAUUUGCAUUUGCAAGGAUCGAGGGAAACAGAAAAUGUAUCUCUAUUGGCAGGAAGUGGUGAAUGUCGUGCGCCAGAUUGGAUUUUGGAUACAACCGUUCCUAGUACCAGCGCCGACAAUAAAGGGGCUAUCAAGGGAUUAUUAAUUACUGCACAUAACGUAGUUUUUACCCUUACAUUCCUCCUCCACAAAACUGAACUGGGUGAUGAAAACAUUAUCCAAUUGCAUGAACUAGGAUCGAAUCUGAGACCUAUUCUAUACUCUGCUGAUAUCACCUGGAGCUCCAACCGCGUCCUUGUUGCUGCUGGAACAGUAUUCGGCGAGAUAAUAAUAUGGUCCUGUCAAUUAGCGCUGGAUUCAGAUCCAUGCCAGCAAGUCGAUGAUUCUAUAACCAUCAACCACUUUUUCACUGGCCAUGAAGGCUCAAUAUUCGGGGUGGAUAUUUCCCCAGACAUCCCGAUAAACGGUGGACAGACAACGAAAAAAUUUGUUGCCAGCUGCAGUGACGAUAGGACUGUCCGUAUCUGGGAUAUAUCUUCAUACGACCAAGGGUUCGCCAGCAACGAUGAAUUAUCAGCCUGUGAAACCAACACAAAUAGCCGUGGAACUGGAUUCUAUAUAACCCCGGCCGAUGAAGCAUCUGCGGCGCAAGAAUUCUGUCUUGCGAAAGAAUAUGGCCAUGAAGCACGUAUAUGGGGGAUUCGAUUUCUUGACUUCGAGGUCUCUGAUGACUACAUCACCUUCAACUUGAUAUCUAGGUCAGAGGAUUGCACCUCUGUCGUUUGGAACCUCACAACAAAAUAUGAACUCGUCAAUGAUAAAUAUAUACUACGGAAAAACCAGACUACCUUGAAGCCAAUAUCAUCUCAUUCCUACCAUGUGGGUAAAAAUAUAUGGUCCAUGGAUGUUGUCGAAAAUAUGGGUUCAUUUGUUGUGCUCACUGGGGGGGCAGAUAGCAAUAUAUCAUCCCUUAUCGUUCCACAGCUAACUGGAGCGUAUAUUCCCGGAAGAAGGGCAGAGACUUAUACAUACGACAGAGUUUAUGAUGAAUUCCUUCGCAUUAACAACCACCCUGUUGUGAGUAAUGGGCGCACAAAGAAUUCUAGAAAUGAUGGCAAAAUAAACUCCUUUGGAUUUAUUUCAGAAGAUUCUUUUAUCGCGCCAUUUACUGAAGGAGUUGCUCUCCUUGGUCAGGUUUCCACAGCCGAGCCGCAGGAUAUACGAUCACAGGACGGAAGCGUGGUAGAGUGGAGCACCAUUCCUACAAUUGGAGGAGUAGGUUCCUAUGGGGCGAUAACUGGCAUUCCAGAGAGGGAGAUUGGUCUAAUCGGCACGAGUACUGGGCGACUACUAUGGUACAGUCACAAAGAAAGACGUGUGGAGGAGCUCGCAGAUAUAGGCCAAGGGAUAUCCGAUAUCUUCGUCAUUCAACCCCCCAAGGGCUAUGAUGGCAAUGAUAGCUGCCCUGUUACAUUUAUCAGCAGCUCUAGGGCAUUUUCACACGCCAACCUUUUUAUUAUUGAGACUUCGCCAUCCCCUAAAGUCCUUGCAAAUCAAAAACUUGCAUUGCCAGCAGAAUUUGUGGUCUCAAGUGCUUUUUCAAUUCCCUCGAUGUCAUUGCUGAUCCUUGGUGCUAGAUGGGGAGACAUUGUCGUGUUUCGUUUUAGCUUUGAAUUACAGAGAGAAAUGCCAGAAGAUCCGUUAUGUGUCUUCCCCACGCACAAAAAGGAUGCAGUCACGUCCAUCACCUACCUGCGGGAAGACCAAAACUUAAGUUUUGUGGAUCUUAUUACAACGGGAAGGGAUGGAACCUAUUGCAUCCAUCGACUUGAUAGGUCGGGCAUUCAGUUCAAGAUGGAAACACUUCACCGGAUAAGUGCCCCAUUCGGUCCAUAUAUUGAGGGUUCCAGACUAGAUCCUAAGACAGGACACCUGAUACUAUGGGGUUUCCGAAGCACAUAUUUCAUUUUGUGGGAUGAGACAACUCAGACAGAAAUCUUGUCAGUUGAAUGUGGAGGUGCUCAUAGAAGAUGGACAUACCAUUUCGGGAAUAUGGGCCAUGUGCUCUUGUGGAUUAAGGCAUCGACUUUUAAUAUUAUGUCAGAGCAAUUCCAGUGUCAUCGCCGUGUAAGACAAGGGGGACAUGGCAGGGAAAUAAAAGCCAUGUCAAUAUCCAAAAUGCAGGUUGACAGCGCUAAAGCCCCAUGGACGGUACUUGCAACCGGCGCUGAAGAUACUGAAAUUCGUUUCUUCACGCUUAACGAAGGGCCAGAAGGGAAGGAUGGCUUUCGUUCCAUACGAGCCAUCAAGAAACAUAGCGCAGGCUUGCAGCACCUCCAAUGGUCAACGAGCGGCAGAUUUUUGUUCAGCAGUGCCGGAAGGGAGGAGUUCUAUGUCUGGAGGAUUAGAUGGAUACCUGGAUUUGGGAUCGGUGUUUUGAACGAAAGUGAAGCUCCCAAGUCUCGAGCGAAUUCUGAUCUACGGACAACACAUUUCGACGUUAUCAACGUCACAGCAGUUGAUAGCGGGCAUGAAUCAUUCCUGAUCGCCAUGGCCUACUCUAAUUCGACUGCAAAGGUAAAUGAAACCCCCAAUUUACUUCUGAACGCCUAUGUAACAUGA